AUGUUGUUUACCCGUUCUCCGCCUUUUUCUUCGCCAUCGGUAUCAUCUUCAGUAGAAAGCGAAUCAUCACCAGCACAUACCGCAUCCAUUUCCAAUAGUCGACAUGUUGAAAAUCACCAACAUACCGGUUAUUCAUUGACUAACACUACAUUUACCACUAAUGGUCCAUCAAAUAAUACAUUAUUAUCGACUAGUGAAUCUCAUUACUCUCAAUUGUCCGAUCAAGAUAGUUUCUAUUCUCUUUUCUCAACUUCAUCAUCAUCGUCUCCUUCAAUUCCACUAACACCAAUCAAAACAAUAACACAUAUUAAACUAUCGAAUAAUAUACAUCAACAUAAUUCAUCUUCUAUUCAUAAAAAAUUAAAACGUUUUUAUCGACUAAAAAGUACAUCAUCAUCAUCAUCAUGUAUUCAUAAUGUACUCAUGACUAAAAUGCCGACAAUAAAUCCAGAUACACAUCAUCCAGAUGAUUUAUCUCAUUUAUCGAAAACAGCUAUAUGGUCACAUAAUACUAAUACACCAAUAGUCAAUCCUGUUGCUGCAGCUGCUCUUGUCAAAGACAAUGAAUUGGUAACACUUGAAGAGCAACUAACUAGAUCUCUUACACCAUCUCCACAAGAUACACCAAAGCAUAAUGAACGUUUAUGUCGAUCAUCAAUGAAUUUUUCUUCAAAUCUAUUUCCAUCUAAUAUUCAUGUCAAUCGUAAAGUCGUAUUAAACAUCGGUGGUGUUAGACAUGAAGUUUUAUGGCGUACACUUUCUCGUCUACCAAAUACACGUCUAGGUCAUUUAGCAAAAUUACGUAAAAUAACAUUACAUUCAGGACGUUCAAUGUCAUAUGAUGAAGUAAUGCGUUUAUGUGAUGAUUAUGAUCCAAUAACAGGAGAAUAUUUUUUUGAUCGUCAUCCACGUACAUUUACAUCAGUGAUUAAUUUUUAUCGUACAGGAAAACUCCAUUUAAUAGAUGAUAUAUGUGUUAUAUCCUUUCAUGAUGAAUUAUUCUAUUGGGGUAUUGAUGAGUAUUAUUUAGAAUUAUGUUGUCAAAAUAAAUAUCAUCAAAGAAAAGAACAUGUACUUGAAGAAAUGAAAAAAGAAGUUGAUUUAUUAGAAGUUGAAAAAGAAGAACAUACUGGUGAACGAUGGUGUGAUCAUACACGAAAAAAAAUUUGGGAUUUAGUAGAACAUCCACAUACAUCAAAAGCUGCAAGAAUUAUUGCAUUUGUUAGCAUAUCUUUUAUUCUUCUUUCAUCAUUUGCAUUAACAAUAAGUACUAUUGAAGGUAUUGGAUGUGCACCAAAUAUAACUGAAACAGAAGUAAUAAAUAGCAAUAUUCCAACUUCACUUGAUGCUGAUGCUGUUCAUAUUGCUGCACAAGCUGCAGCACGUGAAUUAGCUUCUGAACAUCAUGAUAGUGUUGCAGAUUGUCGUGAACCAUUAUUUUUAUUUAUUAUUGAAACACUUUGUAUAACAUGGUUUACAGUUGAAUAUGUUAUUCGUGUAUUUACAACACCAGAUAAAUGUAAAUUUUUUAAAGGUGUUUUAAAUACAAUUGAUCUUAUUGCUAUUGUACCAUUUUAUGUUUCAAUUAUACUUGAAACAUUAGAUACCGGACAUUUUAAAAAUAUAAAAUCUGUUCGUAAAGUUGUACAAAUAUUUCGUGUAUUACGUAUAAUGCGUAUACUUAAAUUAGCUCGUCAUUCAACUGGUUUACAAUCAUUGGGUUAUACAUUAAAACGAAGUUAUAAAGAAUUAUCAAUGUUAUUAAUGUUCUUAGCAAUAUUUAUAUUAUUAUUUUCCAGUUUAGCUUAUUUUGCUGAAAGAGAAGGUAAUGCUAUACAAUUUCGAUCUAUACCACAUGCAUUUUGGUGGGCAAGUAUUACUAUGACUACAGUUGGUUAUGGUGAUAUCUAUCCGAAAUCUGUAUGGGGUAAAUUAAUUGGUGCAGUAUGUUGUGUUUGUGGAGUACUUGUCAUUGCUUUACCAAUCCCAAUUAUUGUUAAUAAUUUUGCUGAAUAUUAUAAAGAACAAUUACGUCGUGAGAAAGCUUUAAAACGUAAAGAAGCUAUUGAUCGUGCAAAAAAAGAUGGUUCAAUUAUGUCAAUUCAAUCGGAAUCGACAUCAAAUUUAUUUCAUACUGAAUUUAAUGCACGUCGUUUAAGUGCAUGGAAAACUGUUGGAAAUCCUCCGCCAACAACAAAUGAUGAACCCUUACAUGAUUCAUCAUGUUAUGAUAAGAAAACACCAGCACCAUCAUUAUUACAUAUUCCACAUACAGUUGAUCUUUAUCCAGAUGUCAAUGACAAUAAUCAUCGACGAAUAAUAACAGAAGAACAAGAUAUUGAUUUCAAAGAAAUAUUAAUUAAAAAACAAGAUGUUCCAAUAGACCAUGAACAAAAACAAAAUCUUUUAAAUACAUAA